UCUUUCCCAAGAUGGCGGCGCCCUUGCAGAAGUGUUGAACGAGUGUCUCUGGAGAAAUAGUUGGAAUUGUUUGUUAAUUUCACGGCAACUAGUAUACAACACGUGCCACACGUUUGUGUCAGAAGACCAUACGACAAGCGUCAUUGACAGCUCGAGCCUGACAGCGCGUGGCGUGGUUGUGGCAGAGUGUCCGUGUGAAGAUGGGCCUCGUCUCGAGCCCCUUCCCAUAGCAAAGAGCAGCCGUGGGGAGAGAAACCGCAGAUUUCCCUGCAAACACAUACCGGUCGAACUUGGACCUGUCGGGUUCGACAUUGUUUACAAAUUGUGGACGCUACCGUACAAUUUUCUUUCAAGAAUUAUCUGUGCGACCGCGUCUAUUAUAGUCAGGAGACGGAAAGGUUUCCCACCCCGUAUCGAAGAGGAUUCUACCGUGCCAAGGGCCCUGAUGAAAAUGGACUCGGAACUGCUGCACUCGCCGGCCGUGUGUCUGGCUGAGGAGGAGGAGGCGGACAUGAGCGACUGGAACCUGCCGCUGGCCUUCAUGAAGAAACGCCACUCAGAGAAGAUCGAGGGCUCCAAGGCCCUGGCCCAGAGCUGGAGGAUGAAGGACAGGAUGAAGACAGUGAGUGUGGCCCUGGUGUUGUGUCUCAACGUGGGGGUGGACCCUCCUGACGUGGUCAAGACGUCACCCUGCGCCAGACUGGAGUGCUGGAUCGACCCUCUGUCCAUGAGUCCACAGAAAGCCCUGGAGACCAUCGGAGCCAACCUGCAGAAGCAGUACGAGAACUGGCAGCCCCGGGCACGUUACAAGCAGAGUUUGGACCCCACUGUAGACGAGGUGAAGAAGCUGUGUACGUCCCUGAGACGCAACGCCAAGGAGGAGCGUGUCCUCUUCCACUACAAUGGACACGGGGUCCCCCGACCCACCGUCAACGGAGAGAUCUGGGUCUUCAACAAGAACUACACCCAGUACAUCCCUCUGUCUGUGUACGACCUCCAGACGUGGAUGGGCAGCCCCUCCAUCUUCGUUUACGACUGCUCCAACGCUGGCAUCAUCGUCAAGUCUUUCAAACAGUUCGCCUUGCAGAGAGAGCAGGAGUUGGAGGUGGCAGCCAUUAACCCUAACCACCCCCUGGCCCAGAUGCCUCUCCCCCCCUCCAUGAAGAACUGUAUCCAGCUGGCUGCCUGCGAGGCCUCAGAGCUACUGCCCAUGAACCCUGACCUCCCCGCUGACCUCUUCACCUCCUGCCUCACCACGCCCAUCAAGAUCGCCCUGCGCUGGUUUUGCAUGCAGAAAAGUGCCAAGCUGGUGCCAGGGGUGACAUUGGACCUCAUUGAGAAGAUACCUGGGAGACUGAAUGACAGACGUACCCCACUGGGAGAGCUCAACUGGAUCUUCACUGCUAUCACUGACACUAUCGCCUGGAACGUGCUGCCCAGAGAUCUGUUCCAGAAGCUCUUUCGUCAGGACCUGUUGGUGGCCAGUUUAUUCCGCAACUUCCUGUUAGCAGAGAGGAUAAUGAGGUCAUACAACUGCACCCCUGUCAGCAGUCCGCGCCUGCCACCUACAUACAUGCACGCCAUGUGGCAGGCAUGGGACCUGGCUGUGGACAUCUGUCUCUCUCAGCUGCCCACCAUCAUUGAGGAGGGCACCGCCUUCAGGCACAGUCCGUUCUUUGCAGAGCAGCUGACAGCGUUCCAGGUGUGGCUCACCAUGGGAGUGGAGAACAGGAACCCCCCCGAACAGCUCCCCAUCGUAUUGCAGGUCCUCUUGAGUCAGGUUCACAGGCUGAGAGCGCUGGACCUGCUUGGCCGCUUCCUGGACCUGGGGCCCUGGGCUGUCAGUCUGGCCCUCUCAGUAGGGAUCUUCCCCUACGUGUUGAAGCUGCUACAGAGCUCUGCGCGGGAGCUCCGACCCCUGCUGGUCUUCAUCUGGGCUAAGAUCCUGGCUGUGGACAGCUCGUGUCAGGCAGACCUGGUAAAGGACAACGGACACAAGUACUUCCUGUCUGUCCUGGCCGACCCCUACAUGCCUGCUGAGCACCGCACCAUGGCUGUCUUUAUCCUGGCUGUGAUUGUCAACAGCUACACCACAGGCCAGGAGGCUUGUCUGCAGGGGAACCUGAUAGCCAUCUGCCUGGAGCAGCUCUCUGACCCUCAUCCCCUGCUCCGUCAGUGGGUGGCCAUCUGCCUGGGACGCAUCUGGCAGAACUUUGACUCGGCCCGCUGGUGUGGUGUCAGGGACAGUGCCCACGAAAAGCUCUACAGCCUGCUGUCCGACCCCAUACCUGAGGUGCGCUGUGCGGCGGUGUUUGCCCUGGGGACGUUUGUGGGGAACUCAGCCGAGCGGACGGACCACUCUACGACCAUCGACCACAACGUGGCCAUGAUGCUGGCACAGCUCAUCAACGACGGCAGCCCUGUGGUCCGCAAGGAGCUGGUGGUGGCGCUGAGUCACCUGGUGGUUCAGUACGAGAGUAACUUCUGCACCGUGGCCCUGCAGUUCAUGGAGGAGGAGAAGAACUACACUGUACCCUCACCUGCCAACACCUUAGAGCCCUGUAACCUGACUCCAGUGCGCGACAGCCCAGCCAUCCCGCGGCUGCGUUCAGUCAACUCCUACACCAACAUCAGAGCUGCCACCACCGCACGCAACCUCAACAAGAGCCUGCAGAACCUCAACCUCAACGAAGAGGGUGGUCCGGUGGCGUUCUCUCCAGGUAACCUGAGCACCAGCAGCAGUGCCAGCAGCACCCUGGGUAGCCCUGACAACGACGAGUACAUCCUCUCCUUUGAGACCAUCGACAAGAUGAGACGAGUCUCCUCCUACUCUUCCCUCAACUCCCUCAUAGGGGUGUCGUUCAACAGCGUUUACACACAGAUUUGGAGGGUUCUCCUGCACCUGGCGGCCGACCCGUUCCCAGAGGUGUCCGACUUGGCCAUGAAGGUCCUCAACAGCAUCGCCUACAAGGCCCUGUCUCUGUCUCUGUCUCCCCAGGCCACUAUGAACGCUCGGCCCCAGAGGAUCCUGGACUCUGGCUCUCUCACCCAGUCGGCCCCUGCCAGCCCCACCAGCAAGGGGGCACACAUCCACCAGGCAGGUGGUUCUCCCCCCAUGCCCAGUGCCAGCAGCUCCAGUCUGACCAACGAGGUGCCCAAACCCCCGACACGCGGAGGAGAACAGCCCCCCACGCGACCCCCCUACACCCCCACGCUGGGCGGACAGGCCCCCCACUCCCACCAGUUCCCCCGCACGCGCAAGAUGUUCGACAAGGGGCCCUCCGGCUCUGAACAGGCCGGGGAUGAUGCAGAUGACCCAGGAGGUCACAAGGCCUACAUGAAUGCCAACCUGUCUACAGGGCUGUGUGACUGGAGCGCCAAGUACUUUGCUCAGCCUGUUAUGAAGAUUCCAGAAGAGCAUGAUGUGGAGAGCCAGGUGAGGAAAGAGAGGGAGUGGAGGUUCCUGAGGAACGCCCGCGUUCGAAAACAGAGUCAACGCAUCACGCAGAGAGGCGUGACACGUCUGGACGACCAGAUCUUCAUCAACCGUAACCCUGGCGUUCCCUCCGUGGUCAAGUUCCACCCCUUCAACCCCUGCAUCGCCGUGGCAGACAAAGACAGCAUCUGUUUCUGGGACUGGGAGAAGGCGGAGAGGUUGGACUAUUUCUACAACGGGAACCCUCGCUACACCCGCAUCACAGCUAUGGAGUACCUCAACGGACAUGACUACUCCCUGCUGCUCACUGCUACAGAUGACGGGGCGCUGCGUAUCUGGAAGAACUUUGCGGACCAGCGGAACCCCGAGAUGGUGACGGCGUGGCAGGGCCUGUCCGACAUGCUCCCCACCACCCGAGGUCAGCCCUCCUCCAGCGCCCACAGUCUGGCCAGGCGGGUCUCCAUCUGUCUUGACAGGAGUAAGGGACAGGGAGGUGCAGGCAUGGUGGUGGACUGGGAGCAGGAGACGGGGCUACUGAUGACAUCUGGAGACGUGAGGGUCAUCAGGAUCUGGGACACGGAGAGGGAGAUGAAGGUCCAGGACAUCCCAACGGGGGCAGACAGCUGUGUGACUUGCCUAUCAUGUGACUCACAGCGGUCUCUCAUCGCAGCGGGGCUGGGCGACGGCUCGGUCCGCCUCUAUGACAGGAGAAUGGGUGCCAACGAGUGUCGUGUGAUGACGUACCGGGAACACUCGUCCUGGGUGGUCAAGGCCCACCUGCAGAAGCAGACGGACGGCAGAAUCAUUAGUGUCAGUGUCGAUGGAGACGUGCGGUUCUUCGAGCUGCGGUCGCCGGACUCUGUGAACGUGCUGCAGACGGUGAAGGGGUUAACGGCGCUGGACAUCCAUCCGCAGGCCAACCUGUUUGCCUGUGGAUCGAUGAACCAGUUCAUAGCCGUGUACAACUCCAACGGUGACGUGAUCAGCAACAUCAAGUAUUAUGACGGUUUCAUGGGCCAAAGGAUCGGGGCUAUCAGCUGUUUGGCCUUCCAUCCCUACUGGCCCCACCUGGCGGUGGGCAGUAACGACUACUACAUGUCCAUCUACUCAGCGGAGAAGAGGCUCAGAUAACCCCUCGGCGUUAACCCCCCCCCGAACUUUACCUUUGACCCCUGACCUCUCACCCUCGGAGCCAGGAUGUAAAUUACUUCUAAUGUACAUAUGCAAUUGUUACCACCCCUGAAUGUUCUAUAGUGAUGGCUGCUGACAAACUCGUGUUAUGAUGUUGACUUAUCUGAUUAUUAUUGAUCGUUUUAUUCAUAUUCUUAUUAUGAAGCUGUUGAUUGUAGACUUGGCAGUGCUGAGGAGCGUGUAUAUUUAAUUGCGUGUAUACAGAGAUGAAUAAUAGGUCUAUUUUAAAGGUUCCAGCCUUGGCUGGGGGAGACAGGCGGUGUCGCUACCUGAAUGAACUCGGAAUGACCUCUACAUUACCUUUCUAUGACCUCUAUGCAUCGGGGUCAAGAGGCUAUCGAGAGAUGGACAAUUCCCUCUCUCACACAUGACUCUGGACAUGAAAGGCGUGGCUCACGGACGCCCGCACGACCCAUAUUAAAAUCCCCCCCCCCCGCUGUAGCUAAUAGACUUUCUCUCACUGUUCGCGUACAAGAUGGUGGACUACAGGCGCUUCCUCUGAAACGGCCAGGCACUUUGACAGACGGGGCACGUCUGGUGUGAGAGAAAGUGAAAUGUAGAACAGAGCACAGAUGAGCCCAAAGUGGGCCCACAGCCUUGGACACAAACCGAUGCCCAUACAGAUGUCCACUACCAUGCUAUACUGUAGGACUAACCAGACCUUGCAUCCAUUCACCCUCACCCAAUUGUGCUAAACUCACCAACUUCACCAUUCAUCUCCAUUGUCCUAUGUCCAAAGGCUGACCCCAUGUCCAUAGCGCAAUGGGUGACUACUGCUCAGCUCUAAUCCCAAGACUGAUGCUACUUGUCUGCCCUACCUGCAAAGCAAUAAUGAAUUAGCUAGGAGCUCUCUACAGCCUCCAAGCUUCUGCUGCUCCAGCUCCAGACCCCCCCACUCAUCAGCUGAGCAAUACCCGCCUGUGGAGCCUGAAGUAUCAGUUCCAGAGCUCUGGCUGAGGCCCGCUUGACCCAUGCCCAUCCCCAGUCUUUCCUACAGACCUAACCCCAGCCAGAAGCACCCCGAGGCUGGACGAGAAGAAACACAGCGCCCACUGCAUCCCCUCGUCCCCAUUGACACCAAUGGGGAAGAGGGAAUGGGGUUCUGCUGCUACUUUGCUGCUUCCUCGCACACAGGCUUAUGAGGACUUUAUAAACUGUGUAUGGACUGUCCCCAGAAACACACACACCAGCCCUAGGCAGCCCUUUCCCCUGUGUGCCAACUACCAACCUCCACCCUGCUAUCCGUUUCCCUUUUUGGAGAAUAUUCUGCGGCAAUUUUCUUCUAUUUGAGUUUUUUUCUUUUAACCUUUGUUUUAUGUGCCAGCCGUGUUUGGUUUCUUUAGCAGAAAGGGAGUUUCAAGAAGAUUGGGAUAGAGAAGUUGGGUCGAAAAACAAGAGUGACUUCAGACUUGCACACCACUGGUAAAUACACAGUAAAGAUCCAUAGCACUUCUUCAGUUCAGUGUCCUUGUCAAAAGCCACAGCUCCUCCUGUCAACCUCCAACACUAGCUCAGGUACCUCAUGAGCCACAUAAUACCACGACGUCUCUGCAUGGUAGACUCACGGAGGUUUGACUGCCAUAAGGUCUGCUGUUACUCUUGAUGUGACGAACUAAGAAGGUCAAAAUCAGUUCAGUGAGUCCUGAGGUGCCUUUUUUUUAACAAGGGUUACACCUCUGGUCAACACUCGCUCCAAGUGCGGUAUCGCCAUUAAUGUGCCUCUAUUAGGGGUCGCUUUUUUGGUUUGCUCUGUAUUACCUUCCUGUUUUUCUUUGAAACUUUUUUUUUGCUCAGUUUUUUGUAAUUUAUUUUUUUAAUUUGCUGGUGUUUGUUUGCUUUGGACCUCAGUGGGAUGGAGAGAUGGGAGAGGACUGUUUCUCCCCCUUUCACAGACGCUCUCACCCACACGGUGUCUCUCCUCAUACAGUACUCCCCCCUACCCUCACCUUUUUGCCUCUAAAGUCCUCAGCUUGGCUAUCACCCUAGAAAGGAAUGGACAAUAAUGCUUUGCCUGUGGACUGAACCGGGCAGGGUAACCGGUAACACAUGCCAUGCAUUCUGUAGAAGCGGCUGCACUCGCGGUCAUAACCAAGCCCCACUACGCUCAGUAGCUCACCCUCUAGGGUACGGAGGAGGUACUGCAGCCUCCACUGCUUUCACUGACACCUACAGCAAAACCCCACACCGCUGUCUGUCAGCCAUGCUCAGAAUCACAUCUCUAGAUAUCCUGCUUUGAGUUUUAACAUUUUAGAUAUGGAAACAAAAAUAAACUUUGAAUACUUAGGAGAAAUGAAAGCAAUCGGGUGUUUCUCUGUGACGGAAGACUGCUUUGCUGACUAGUUUAUAGGACAGGAGAUGAAGUCAGUAAAAUAAACCAAAUACACAACA